AUGCACACAACUCAAGUACAGAGACCUUUACCAAGACCAACUAACUCUCUUCUCAACACCCACGAUCGAUGUUUGCAUGUGCAGAGUAUGAUGCAUGCACGUGCAAUAAGUUGGAGAUUUGCCUGUGAGCAUGGUAAGGUGGGACCCUCAUCCAACGGUGCCUCACAUCCCAUCACUCACCCAAAGGGUGGGGAAAGGACACGUAAGGAAGUGGAGCCCACAAACCUAGAAAGGUCGAAACCACGUGGAAAGAGAGAGACGCUAAAAACAAGACAAGUUAAAGACAGUUUCCUGAGUCUCCUCACUCACCUUAAUUGUGGUAAUGGUUUAACCCGUAGGCAACGCCCUCUAGUUUUAAGCAUCAGAGGAAGCAACAGUGAGUUUCGAAGGCAAAGUGAGAGAGGUGGGUGGCUGAAAGUGAAGGUGAUCAGAGAGAUCACAGCAAAAGAGGUAAGGAUUAAGGAUUAUGGAGGAAGGGUUUUGGCCAAUAAGUUAAGGACAGAGAGUGUUCUCAUUUGCAGGCUUUUUUGGAUGGAGAAGGAGUUCAAACGCAAACACAAACACAGACUUAGGUUAUGA